CUCGUGUAGUACUCGUCACAUGUGUUUUGAAAGCGCGACCUGCACAGUACAUUCCAGUGUCCAUUGAAUUAAUAUUACUUACGUUUGAAUAAUUAUGUCGUGUCUGGACGACGAAGCGUCGGACUGUGCGGAUCACUCGCACUCACGAUUGGAAAGCUAUGUUUUCAGUUGUCAGCUGUCCUCUGAAGUUCCAUUUUACACAUUUCAGGCAGAUGAAGAUGAUGGUGUGGAACAUUUUCUCGAGCUGAGAACGAUAUGUCUGGGUGAUGGUGCCAAAGAGGAGAAUAACGUGGUGGAGGUGACUGCUAUGAAUCACCAAGGAAAGAAAAUAUCAGUGCCUCUAGCAAAUCUUCACAUUUCCUGUUUGCCCAUGAUAAGCCUAGGGGAGUUUGAGUUGAUUGCUCCUGUCACACUACGCCUGAAAUCUGGAUCUGGACCCGUGACUGUCAGUGGGCUACAUUUAGUUGCCACAGAGAAUGAAGAGUCUGAAAUGUCAGAUGAGGAGGAGGAGGAUGAUGAUGAUGAGGAGGAUGAAAGCGAAGAGGAAAUGCCCUCUGUCAAACCAGCAAAGAAAAAGCAGAAGCUUUAAACUCAUAGUUACUCAAUUUGUACGUUUUAUACAAUUUUAGAUUUAAUGUUCUUCUAUGACAUUGUUGGAGGGUGGCCAUGUUGUCCGUUUAUGUUCUUUCAGACGUUAAUUAGCUAGUAAAGGGUCAAAGCCUCCAUGAACAUUUGACUUUACCGACAUCUCGUGUUAAAAACAUUUAACAGUAAAACGUAUUGAUUUCAGCUGUGAAAGCUGUCAUUUCAGUCUACAUCUGCAUUUGGGGAAAGCACCAGCAUUGUUCUCAACUGUUUUUCCUUAUAAUGCACAGUGUGUAACUUUUCUACUUAAUUUUUUAGGCAAUCCUUGUCUGUUUUUGAAGGACUGACCAAAUCAGGGUUUUUGAUGGAGUGUUUGUUGAGAUCAGUUGUAAAGGAGUCCCGUGGUUGCCAUUUUUACAGUUUUAAUGACGGAUUCUGUAAAUAAAAUGUUGUUUUGGUAGAA